GACGAGACCGCGACCCUGGGGACAGCUUAGAUAGAGGCGUCUUGCGGAUGAUCAUCGAUGGAACCAUGGCAAUGAUUUAGGCUCGCAUCAACAUUGCAACCUAAGAGAAGCUCUUUUCCUUUCUGUAUUUUUUUCUCCCCUCCUUUCUCAAAACUCCCUCUCCUGGGACCUGAAAGACAAUCCUCGCCUCUUGCCGGCGCUCCUUCUCUCCUUCAUUAUCCUGUUUCUCCCCCUACCUCUCUUGACCCACGUUGCCGAUCUGUGGUCGUUACUUGCGGUGACAUUUUUGCCACCGUUUGCGAUUACAUCAACCAGUCUCGCAGCUUGAAUAUUCACAAUCUGAUCUUGCUGUGAUACUGCUGAACUGCUUGACUCGUCGAAUUCAUCGGACUGUAACCUAUGGGUCUGUGAAAGGCCAGCAAGCCUAGCUUCAUCUAUGCCAACCAGAUCUUGCUGCUAGCCAUAGCUACCGUGACGAUGGACGAAGAAACCAACUCGACUACUCCUAUCUCAACGCCGGGGACUAGAUCAUCCGGCAAUAUAGACCGCCCACCAGCUGCUGUAGAGGCUGACCUUGCCUCUCCUCUGAGCUCGUCGCCCCUCGACGCCGACAUCCUCGAUUCCCCUACCCUCAGUGCUACGACCCCCAAAAGCCACAGGCUGUCAAGGAACCCAUCCUUCUCUGGCAGUAGCAGCACCUACCAAGAUGACUGGGACACGCUCCCGCCUCUUGAUCGACUGACUGUUCUCGAUCUCCUGGACAACUUUGCCCUGCCGCAGCAACUCGAGAAGCUCCAGAGGGGCAUUUCCGCCCAGACCGACAAGGUUCGACGAUCAAGGGAUGCCUUCAAAUCAAAGACCCAGCUUGCCCGCGAUCGAAUGGUGGAGGAAUGGAGGCGGCGUGUCCCCUCAGCCGAUGAGCAGCUUGAGCGAUACAGGAAACGCAUGCGGGAUCGAGUUGAGAAGCUCGGUAAGCAAUGGAAUAAUACCAAGGCCAUCAGCCUCCGAGAAAAGAUAUCCUUCAUUUGCGGCGUUAUGAACAUCUUUGCAAGCGGGUACCUUAUAGGUGGUUAUCCCGAAUGGUUCCACAUCUGGUAUACCGCCCAGCUCUUGUACUUCAUGCCCAUCCGCAUCUUCACCUACAAACGGCGUGGAUAUCACUACUUCUUGGCCGAUCUCUGCUAUUUCGUCAAUGUACUGCUGAGUCUUAGCCUUUGGGUUUUCCCCCAAUCAAAGCGGCUCUUCAUGGCGGCCUACUGUCUGGCUUAUGGUAACAAUGCUGUGGCAAUCAUCAUGUGGCGUAACUCCCUGGUAUUCCACAGCUUUGACAAAGUCACGUCUCUCUUCAUACACAUCAUGCCUUGCGCUACGCUACACUGCGUUGUGCAUCUCUACCCUCCUGCAGAGCAGUUGAUGCGGUUCCCAGCCAUCUAUGCCAUCAAGAACUCGGCUCCUGGAUCUCCGACGGCGUAUGCGAAUGUCUUCUCCAUGCUGGCGUGGAGCACCAUUCCCUAUGCAAUCUGGCAGCUAAGCUACUACUUCUUCAUCACCGUCCGCCGAAGGGAAAAGAUUGCCGCUGGUCGUCCUACCUCGUUUACCUGGCUUCGAAAAUCAUAUGCCAAGACCUGGAUCGGCAAAUUGGUCCUCGCUCGGCCCGCCGCAUUGCAAGAGCCUAUGUUUAUGAUGAUUCAGUACUUUUACGCCGUGCUGACUAUACUCCCGUGUCCGCUUUGGUUCCUCAGCCGAUGGGCAUCCGCUGCAUUCCUCCUCGUUGUGUUUAGCUGGAGCAUCUACAAUGGCGCUACCUUUUACAUCGACGUCUUUGGCAAGCGAUUCCAGAAAGAGCUCGAAGCUAUGCGAGCAGACGUCAUCAGAUGGCAGAACAACCCAGAAACGCUACUCCAGUCACCUCAUAUGGCUCCGCACGUGGAUGGUCCACCCGUACAAGGUGGUACAAAUUUAGAUGCGCAGUUGGCGGCUUCGCCCCUGGCACCAUCACCAAUGCGACCGACCGCUGGAAAGGAUAGAACCACGAGCCUGGACCAUAUACCCAUGUUGGAUGAGACUUCCAAGGUUAGCGCUACCGGAGUGGAUAGAGGAAAUGAAGGCGUCGCGAGAGAACGGAAAGCAGGCGAAGAUUAGGAAUACUCUUCGGGAGAAAAGGGUAUCUGUGCAAGGAAGAAGGGGAGAGGAGACGAUGUUGGUGAAGAACGAGGAGGGAAACUGGAAAGUCAAUGUGGCACUCAACGUCUUUAAUGUCAAGAACCGUGAAAUAAACAGUAAAUGAUGAUAUACGGUAAGCGGAACGUCAGAGCCGGGUUUCUAAUGUAUCUAUCUUUUUUGGUGUUGGAAUGAUAUCCUCGCGAGUUUUGUUUCGUCUUGUUCCAUUUUUUUUUUUUUUUGGGGGAGGGGCGUAGACCUCUUACUCGAUCAAACUCUUGGGUUUCGUCGAGGCCUUCUUUCUUCUUCUUCUUUGUAACGACAUGGACAUGGGAAUGGGUUGGAUUAGCUGCAACAGGAGAACAUGAGCGUAGCUUUGUUUCGAUAUGGACUCGUACUAUAUACUGUCUAUUUGAUUAUCUUUGUCAUUUAUUAGCUAGUACUCAAUGAUUACGACCUCA